AUGGCGCAGCAAGACAAGAAAACCCCCGAAUCUCGUCCCAGCAAAGCAUUCACAGAAUACAAAAAAUGGUAUGAGAGUUUGGAGGGAGGCUCCGGUUCCUCAGAACAUACAAGCUCCUCGGAAAAUGCGAAGUCAUCUCGUACAAAGCCGGUGGCUUUACCAUCGGAACGCGCUCGCGCAUUGCUUGAGAGCAGACGCUCUCGUAAGGUUCGAUUCGAACUUAUGCCAGGAGACAAACCAGCGGAUCCCACGCAACAGCAUCAUGAGGAGCGAUUACAACCAAUACUAAAACAGUCGAUGGAAAGGCAGGCCGCGGUGUGCGGACAACAACACAUUCAUCGCGAGGAAAACUCUCGAAGCAUGAAGAAAGUCAUCAGAGAUAUCGAAAUUCUCCAGAAAGAGAUGAAGCGCCUCCAGAAGGCACAGGCGUCGAUGCGAUCCCGACAGAGGGAAGGAGGCACUAACAAGCGAGAAUAA